CAUGUCGGGAACAGAUGAGCAUCCAGUAUGGCGGCUUCCACAGGACAAGAUGGAAAAGCUGUGUGUGCCUCGGAUGCGGAUCUUUUACUGCAUCCAGAGCUGCUGUCUCAAGAGUUUAUGCAGCUCAUUUUAAGUGAGAAAAAUGUCAGCACCAGAGAUUGUGGUAGUCGGGACCGGCUCACAGAGCUCUACCUCCGGCAUGUCAUCCCGCUGCCGCAGAGGACUUUGCCCAACAACCGCUGGGGCAGGAGAGUGGAGAAGACCCGAGGGAGGCAGACGCCGACCGGUCACAGGACAGACAGUUCCAGUAAUGACCACAAUAGGAAAAGGCCCCUGAUCGUGUUUGAUGGCAGUUCCUCUUAUUCUGGCCCACUGAAAGUAAAGAAGCCAGAGGGAACCACAGGGAUCACUGACAGGUUAAAACCUCCUCCACCUGCAAACCUGUCCAACCCCAUCCGCAAGCUAUCAAGCAACACAUCUUCCUCAUCCGUUCAACACAGCCCUGACACAGUAAACCUCAAACGAGAAGCAAACAGCUCGGGUGCACUGAAGUCUCCAGAGGUGAAGAAAAAGAUCCAGCAUGUGACAUGGCCCUGACUUCUGACCCCUGCUCAUACAGACCUGAUGAGAGCUCAAGGUCUGGUAGACAGAUUGCUCCACUCCCAUCACUGAACGCCUUUGUUCUUCCCAUCACAAUUUUCCCACUAGUUGCAGAAAGGGAUGGAAACCCUUUUACUUGUGUGUCAAGGUCACCUUCCUUGCUCUCGUUCAGUUCUGAGAGCUGACAGGAUGGGGUGAUGCUUCGAAGAUCGUCCUGAUCUUGAAGUCCCAGACCUCCUUGUAGCUUUCCACAACCUCAAGUGCCCUUACCAUCAAUAAUCUGCAACUCCAGAAUGCCAUUUAAGAAACUAUGGCUGUUCAUAUAAUGCUUCUGUGGAUGAGUUGGUUUUGGUGAUAGGGCCUUGGUCACUGGUUUGAAGUGGUGAAAGGCUGAGUUUUUUGGAUUGCUUUAGUUAAAAGAAAUUCGAGACCAAGACUGUCAGAGUGAUGGACAUACCCAAGAGGCAUUGUAAACACAUCAUGUGGCAGUGGUGAAGCAGUUUCCUGCUUUGUUUUUUGUCUGGCUGAUGCUUACAUACAUAGAAGAAUACACACCACAGUUUAUGCUGAACAUAGUAUUUUAGAAGGUGUGUAUGCUUGAAAUAACAGAUGUCAUGUAUCAUUUCUGUCCUCAAUUAACUUCUUUCCAGUGAGCUUUGUUCAAACCUCAGUGCAGUUUCACAAGCUGUUCGGGGUUUUUGUAAAAAAAUCAGUUUUCUUGUACAGCUAGAUCAUAGAUCACUGCUAAGUAGCCAUUUUGACAGAGACGAAGCCGGUAACUUACAUUCAUGUAUGUAAAUAUCA